AUGCCUUUGUCUUCUCUUCCAGCAACUAUUUUGUCUCACAUGAUAGCUGUAAACAAUGUGCCUCCUCCUCCACUUCGCAGUUUACCAAAGUUGAAAAUGUCUAAGUACAUUGAUUAUGGCCAGUUGAAUGCAUUGUGCCAUAUAAGAGGACUACAAUCCAGGAGUUCUUCCAGUGUGCUUUCAGCUCACACUAUGUUUAUAAAGCAAUAUCCUAAAAUAUUUCUGCAGAAAAAACACAGACUGCCUAAACUUUUCAAACAGGAGGGAAAAAGAAAAUCUAUUGAAGACACAGUAGAAUAUGAACCCCAACAACCUGACGAUUCUCACAAUAUAGCUAUCCAUGUGAAAAAAGCACGUGGUGGCCUUACUUUAUAUGAGCCCAAAAAAUUAGAAGAGAAGUUGGUAGAAUUCCUGGAUAUUUUAAAGAAAUUGCCCAUUUAUAGGACAUUGCAUGAACACAGAACUGUGUGGAAAAUGCUGAAAACAAUUCCAGAUUUGACCUGUCAGCUACCUGAGGAGCAUCUAAAAACUCUUAGCAAGAGUGUCAUUUCCGAAACCUGGGUAAAAGGCAGCACAGUGGUUGGAAAUGAUGGAUUUUAUAUAAUACUGAAAGGCUCAGCUCGCCCUCAAACAAAGGUACAUAGAAAUCUGACUGAAGAAAAUGAGUCAACAGCCUCUUUCAUACCUCAGAGUUUCAAUGAAGACUUCAAAAACUUUAUACUUGCUGAGAUGCACACACCUUCAUGUGACACAACACUUCGACAAUGGAGUACCUUUGGAACCCUGGAAGUUGCAGCUCAGACCAAAUCAGAAACAAAGGAGCAUUCGGUGAUCACAGAAGAAGAUUGUGAAAUUCUUAAAAUCCCUGCAAAGGAUUAUGCAAGGUUAAAAUCGGAAAAAAUAAAACUUGAAAAUAAAGAAAAGGUGAAAUUAAUUCGUAAAUGUCCAUAUUAUGAAGAGUGGCCCACUUUAUCCAUAUAUGAGCUAGUUGCACUCAUUAAAUGGAAAAAAUUUCCUCCAGGUCAUGUGAUAGUGGAAAGUGGAAAGAUAAUUUCUUUUGUGGCUUAUAUUAAUUCUGGAUAUUGUGACAUUUAUAGAAAUAUUGUAGGACUUAUGAAACUACAAUCAAAAAAAGUGAAAAAAAUUCAAAAACUUGUUUGUAUGGGUAGACUUAAGGAGAAGGAGUCCUUUGGUGAGAUUAGUGUUCUUCUUCAAGUUCCUUUCACAUGCACAAUAGUUACUGGAAAAGAGGUUGAGAUGGCAAUCAUUGACGAUAAGGACCUAUUUGGUAAAUAUAUACACGUCUUUUAUACCAUUUUAUUGAUGAAUUUUUGA